AUGGAGCAAGCGAUUGAGAGAGAGGACCCGGCCGAAAUCGAGAAGAAGAUCGACUCUGAAAGAUCAUCGACAUCAGGACGCACCCCAUCAGAAAUCGAAAACAUCCACCAAAGACUCUGGCUCUCAGAAGACGAAGCCUACCACCAUGCAAAAGCACACCCAGACGAGACUCGAGAAAUAUUCAUCACCUUCGCACCAGACGACAAAGACAACCCUCGCAACUGGAGCAAAGCAAAGAAAUGGUACAUUACCUGCUUUGCCAGUUCAUUGAACGUCUUGACUUGUCUUUGCGCUGGCGGUUAUUCGUCAGGCGUUGGACAACUUGUUGAGGAGUUUGGUGUGUCUGAUGAAGUUGGCACUGUCGGUCUUUCCAUGUACAUCUUGGGCUUUGCGAUUGGUCCCAUGCUCCUCGCUCCCCUAUCCGAGUACUUUGGAAGAAACCCUGUGUACUUCACAUCGUGGUUCGUCUUGUUCAUCUUCCAGUUGCCCCUGGCGUUAGCUCCCAACAUAGCCACGGUCAUUGUCUGCCGUCUGAUCCAAGGAUUCGGUGGUUCAGCACCAUUGACAAACACCGGAGGUUCAGUAUCAGAUGUCUGGGAGCGAAACGAGAGUGGACCCGCCAUGUCCAUCUACGGUCUCUCUUCGACAUUCGGUCCACCCAUGGCACUCGUCAUUUCUGGAUAUAUCGCUCAGAAUAAAGGCUGGCGCUGGUUGUUCUGGGUCUACAUGAUUAUCUUUGGUGCUUAUUGGAUCAUUAUGAUGGUGANNGCAACCCUACCCGAAACUCGUCACAGCACCAUUCUCGAGAAANAGGCAGAGCGAGUGCGCAAAGCACUCAAGAAGGAAGGUCUGGAAAAAUCUGCGCAGAGAGUGUUCGAUGCACAUGCAGAUGAAGCCAAGAGUUUGCACACCUUGUUCGCCAUUACCUUGACUCGACCCUUCCGCUUCUUGUUCACCGAGCCCAUCACGAUCGGUGCCGCUGCGUACAACGGUUUCAUCUACGGCUUGGUGUAUCUUUUCAACGAGGCUUUCCCUCUGGUUUUCGGCAAGAACCAUGGUUUCAAUGUCGGCGAGCAAGGUCUCUCUUUCCUGGGUCUGGCCUUGGGAAGUGUAGUCGGCGUUGCGAUCUAUCCCCUCCAAGAACGCUACUACCUCCGCAAAGUCGCCAGAAACGACGGCAAAGGUGUGCCUGAAGCACGUAUCUGGCUGGCUAGAUGGGGAGCUUUCCUCCUCCCAAUUUCCCUCUUCUGGUUUGCAUGGACAUCCUACCCCAGCGUCCCUUGGAUCGUACCCAUCAUCGCAUCCGGCUUCUUCGGUCUAGGCAUCUACAUCGUCAUCCUCUCCAUCCUCAACUACGUCGUCGACAGCUACCAAACCUACUCUGCCUCCGCUCUCGCCGGCGUAAUCCUCGUGCGCAAUGUCGUAGGUGCAGGCUUCCCUCUGUUCGCAAACCAGAUGUACAACAAACUGGGCUAUGAGUGGGCGAGCAGUCUAUUGGCUUUCUUGAGUAUUAUCAUGAUUCCCAUCCCUUGGUUGUGGUUUUAUUAUGGUGAGAGAUUGAGAUUGAAGAGUCCUUUUGCCAGAGAGCAUUUUGCUCAGGAUGAGGAUGCGCCGCAUUGA